GUUGUGAGCGUCGGGCACGCCCACUUCUCCUGCGAGCGGAGGGGGGCGCUGCAGCGUCGCCGCUGUUCAGAUUCAGCGCUGCCGUGGCGAAGAGCGCUGAGCACCAGCGCGGCCCGGCCUGGCUGGUACGAGAGCGUGGCGGACUCUACGCCGGUGCACCUGACCGAGCAGCUGCUGGUGGCGGUGCAGCAGACCACGGGGAUGCCGUGGUGGGCCAGCGUGGUCUGCACCACCCUGGCUCUGAGGACCGCCAUUACUCUACCGCUGGGCGCCUACCAGAUGGUCAUUAUUGCAAAGGUCGAGGCCCUGCAAGUGGAGAUUGCAGAGCUGGCCAAGCGGUUGAGCUACGAGGUCUCGGUACGUGGCAAACAGCAGGGCUGGUCUGAAAAAGUCUGCCGGUACCACUUCAGAAAGAACAUGCGGAGGAUCGUGUCAGAGCUGUACGUGCGGGACAACUGCCACCCCUUCAAGGCCAGCCUGCUGGUGUGGGUGCAGCUGCCCAUGUGGGUGUGCCUCUCCCUGGCCCUGCGCAACCUCAGCCUGGGGCUGGCAGACUCCACCAUGGCUCUGCAGCGGGAGCUGGCAGUAGGGGGCGCUCUCUGGUUCCCAGACCUCACGCUGCCCGACUCCACCUGGAUCAUGCCCAUCAGCCUGGGGCUGGUUAACCUGCUGAUCGUGGAGAUAUUUGCUCUGCGGAGGAUAGAGGCCUCAAAAUUCCAGAAGUACGUGACCAACUUCAUCCGCGGCAUCUCCCUGCUCAUGAUACCGCUGGCUGCUACGGUUCCCUCAUCCAUGGCGCUGUACUGGCUGAGCUCCAGCUGCGUGGGACUGGGUCACAACCUGCUCCUGCGCUCGCCCCGGUUCCGCAGAAUCUGCCGGAUCCCUCCGACACACUCCGAUUCUGACACACCCUACCGGGACAUCGCUGCUGCCUUCGUGGCCAAAUACCUCAAGUAGGACCCCCCCCCCCUCAAUGGCAGAGUGGAGCACCAGUCGGGGGGCCUGGGACAUGUUUGUGAGAGGG